GAGGAUAUCGGACAACUAGUUCAUACCCUGUAGGAGUUAUGGCCUAUCGAGAGCUUCAGGGGAGGCUCCAGCUCGCUGAGCAACAGGUUCGCAUGUACCGGGAGGCGAUGGAGCACCUCAUUGCGGCGCCCUCAGCAGCCUACCCGGCCGCUUCCCAAUCAAGAGCAAGCCCAAUCUCUACCACAGCAGGCGUCGCCCAGGAAAAUUUGUCCAAGAUCUUCGCCGGCGGGGAGAACGAUCCCGACAAUACGAAGCCGGCACCUGGGGCAAUACCAGACGUCGCCACCACUGGAGGAGCGAAAGCGGAAGCAGUUGCUGAGGGUGACGACGAUAGUGUUUCAGAUCAUGGGAGGGGCGGAACGAAGAAAGAGGUCCCACGACUUAGCUCGGAUGAUGCGGAGGGGGCGGAGAGCUCGGCGGGCAGCACCGCAGCGGAAAAAGGCCCAAGCAUUUGGGGCUUCAUCGGGGGUGCCGUAGGGUGGAUCGGGGAGGGGACGGCGGGCUGGAUGGCGCAGUCGGAGGCCAGACGGGAGCACCAUCGGCUUCUCGGAGAAGUUGGGAAGGUUCGAAGACGACGGGCGGCGGUGUGGCAAGAGAGGGAACUGCUGGCGAAAGCACGAGCGGAGCUAGCGCGAUGUCGAGCUGACCUCCUGUCCCGAAGGAUCGCCUUGGACUCGAGGAGGAGCGACGUGGCGGAUGCUCGACAGAACUGCCGGAGCCGGAAGGCGUUGUACUCUGAGCAACUUGUCAGCGCCAUGAGGAUGGGCGCCCUGAACGACUGCUUCCACAUCUGGCACCAAGGACCGUUCGGCACUAUCAACGGCUUCCGGGUUGGCAGGCUCAACACCCACGUGGUGGACUGGCAGGAAGUCAAUGCUGGCGUGGGGCAGGCGGCCAUCGUCCUUGUCACCGUGGCGAUGGCGAUGGGCGUGGAGUUCACUAAGUACCUCAUCGCUCCCUGCGGGAGCUUCACCAAGAUCGCUCGUUCGGAAGACGGGAGGGUGCUCUACAGCCUGCACACGGACGAGAGCUUUAGCCUCUUCCCGCGGCGCAACUUUAACUUCGCGCUCAAGGCCUUCCUGCACUGCCUCGGAGAAGUCGGAGAUCACGUCCAGGAACACGACCCGACGCUGAAACUCCCCUACCACAUCAAGGAGAAGGAGGGCACCGUCGGUGGGCUCCCGGUGGCCCUGGGCAGCAGCUACGAGGACUGGACGCGUGCGCUCAAGUACAUGCUGACAGACCUCAAGUGGAUCGCCGCGUGGGCUGCCAAGUACCUCCCUCCGUGCUGAGGCCUUCGCAACCUGUCUGUACACGCCCGCUGGCACGGGCGCAUAUUUAUUUAAUUGUUUCGUUUGCAGUCAUAGACGCAGACAUAAUGCGAAGUCCUUCCUGGAGAAUAGACAUGCUCGAACAGGUUAUAAGUGGACGUGCAUAAUCGGGGCCCGAACCACUGUGUAACCUCUUGCUUUGUGCUAGAUGGGGUAGUUUGUUUGUUCCGCCGCAGGGAACCAAAAGCAGCGAUGAGGGUGACUGGGUAGGUUAUAGUAUGCGUUUUGGUGACUUCAAGUGCCUGAAUUUAUCUGCAGUAGUGUGACCGGUGGUGUAUCGUUUGUAAGAUGGCUUUUGAAUGUUGGCGAGCAUUUGGUGUCUCGUGCCAUUAGCUGGGUGAUUUGAUUCGGCAACCGUCUGCCUUUGUGUCUUGGGACGCACGUGUGGCCCUAUCGAAACGAGGUUUCGACGCUACUUUCGUUGGGAAAUGGUAUGUUUCGCGGUGUGCUAUCGCGGUUCGUAAAUAACCGCUAUUCUUGACGCGCCAGAUGUAGCGGCUCUGUAACGGCUGGAGAGGUUUAGCGGCUGCAGUUUUUUGACAUUGAUGGUACCUGUCAAAUCUUUACAACUAGCGCCUAACGCCUCCUGAUUGAUCGGGCGUUGAUUGGCGUUGGUUCUAACGGUCGAUUAUUCUUCAGCGCCCUCUCGCUGUUUCCCAUUCCGCGAACUCGGCGCAGCCGCAAGCUCGCCCAGUUCGCGGCCGCAAGGCCGUGCGUUGGCCGUGGGUGAGGGUUAGGGUUAGAGUUGGGUUAUGUAGGGUCGGCCACGGUAUGUGACACAUCCCGUGUUAGGAAUCUACUGUAGGUUCAACAUUGGUUAGACCUCAAGAGUAACUAUCAAAGUGUAUCCGAACCUCAGCGGCGAUGCCCUGAACUAAACAGCUAUUUCACCAAUGAACGACUUUGCUGUUGACGGCUAAAACCGUUACUACGACUGGAUGGAGUAAUGUAAUGCAUGUCGCGCCACGGGUACGCAGAAGCGCGUGAUGUGAGCGGAAAAAAUGUUGGGUUGUGCUAUGCGUAUAGGUCUACAACUCGCCGAUGGCUUGCCGAGAUCUGUCUCCGAUGGGUUAUUAUGAUCUGCGAGGACGGAACGAAAACGACGCCGUUCGAUGGCUGUGUCAUACUUUUAUUGCGCAAAUUUAUCCUCCGGAGAUUUUUUCGUCGGGGCACGGGCCGUCGGGGAACGGUGGAGUGUGGUUGUGUUUGUUUCUUCCUGGGUACAGAGAUCUCCGGGCACUGAAGGGGACGUACGUCUCAUUUUGGCGGAGGCU